AUGACCGGGGAGAUUUCCACUGCUGCUGCUGCGAAUGCGAUUGACAGAAAGACCGCCGCGAUAUUGAACCUUGGUUUCUUGAGUCGCCAGGGGCUGGCCACAUGCAAUCAGAGUCGAUGGAAUGGUUCGAAGUGGUUCCAAGUCGUCGUGGUCGUCUUGUUGUCUUUGGUAAAUGGAAACUCUUUCACCCGCAAAGUCGGUUGCGGAAAUGCAUUCGAGAUCAAGUACCAGUCAAGCAUGCUCUCGGCCAAUACACAACGACUGGAGGCAGGCAACCUGCAGCGCACCGCGCACCACACCGCGCAUGGCGCAUGGCAACCGACAAUGUCGUGA